AUGGCUGGCGGCGGUACCCCUAUAGGGCCUUCAGCCUCACCUCUGGGUCAGGCUUGGGGUUAUGGCAUUGUGCUUGGUGUCGGCUUUCUCUUCGCACUUGGCAUGGUCUUCACUACGUGGGUUCUUAAACGCUACAACAAUGAGGUGCAAACGUCUGAAAUGUUUUCGACUGCUGGUCGCACAGUCAAGUCUGGUCUUGUAGCCUCAGCAGUAGUGUCGUCCUGGACAUGGGCAGCUACGCUGCUGCAGAGUUCCUCGGUCGCUUUCCGCUACGGUGUUUCUGGACCUCUCUGGUAUGCCGCCGGAGCCACUGUUCAGAUCUUGCUAUUUGCUACCGUCGCGAUCGAACUAAAGAGGCGAGCUCCCAACGCCCAUACGUUCCUGGAAGCUGUGCGUGCUCGUUAUGGAAAGGCUACACACUUUGUAUACAUCACUUUUGGUCUCUUUACCAACAUACUCGUUACAGCCAUGCUGUUGACUGGCGGAUCGGCCGUAAUCAGCUCUUUAACCGGCGUGCCUACAGCAGCCGCUUGUUUCCUGCUCCCUCUGGGUGUCGUAGUCUACACGAUGUUCGGUGGCAUCAAGGCUACCUUCCUUACAGAUUAUGUGCACACGGUCAUUCUUCUUAUCAUCCUGCUUACCUUCGCCUUCACGACUUACGCGACUGGAGACCGGCUUGGAUCGCCAAAAGCUGUUUAUGAGCGGUUGCAGGAGCUAUCGGCGGUGGCACCAGUUCCUGGUAACGCUGGUGGAAGUUAUCUCACAAUGAGGAGUAAGGAUGGCGCCAUCUUCUUCGUGAUCAACAUCAUUGGGAACUUUGGAACUGUGUUUAUGGACAACGGAUACUACAACAAGGCUAUUGCCGCAUCUCCAGUGCAUGCGCUUCCUGGCUAUAUCAUUGGUGGUUUAUCCUGGUUCGCUAUCCCGUGGCUUUGCGCAACCACCAUGGGUCUCGCCGCGCUUGCACUACAGAGCACCGAGUACUUCCCCACUUAUCCCAACGGCAUGGAUGAAGCGUCAAUCAGUGCCGGUCUCACACUUCCAUAUGCUGCAGUUGCGCUUCUUGGAUCUGGCGGUGCAGUGGCUACGCUCCUGGUCGUAUUCAUGGCCGUGACGUCCGCCUUUUCUGCACAACUCAUUGCCGUCUCCAGUAUCCUGACGUACGACAUUUACGGGACCUAUAUCAACCCCAGCGCAAGUGGUCGACGCCUCGUAUACACGUCACAUGUAUGUGUAUGCGGAUUUGGACUCGUCAUGGCUGCAUUCUCAACGGGGCUCUGGUAUGCUGGUAUCAGCAUGGGCUGGCUGUACGUCUUCAUGGGCGUGAUCAUCUCUUCCGCGGUGCUUCCAGCAACUCUCACAUUGAUGUGGAAAGGUCAGAACAAGUGGGCGGCAACUUUGUCGCCAGUACUGGGCCUUUGCUGCAGCAUCACCGCUUGGCUCGUCACCACAUCUAAGCUGAACGAUGGUGUCAUCACCGUCGCCACAUCUGGCGCCAACAACCCCAUGCUGGCUGGUAACGUCGUUGCGUUGCUAUCGCCUGUCAUCUUCAUCCCAGUUUUGACGCUGAUUUUUGGAGUCGACAACUAUGACUGGGUAUCAAUGAAGAACAUUCGCCUUGUGGACGAUUCGGACGUCACAGCAGCCGCUCAUAUGGACCUCGAAGCCGUGCACGGCCGUCAUGCUGCCCUCUCCCCAGAAGCCGAAGCCGCCGAGCAAGCCAAACUAUUCCGCGCCUCCAAGAUCGCAAAGAUCACUACUGCAACCUUGACACUCGUCCUACUCGUACUUUGGCCAAUGCCUCUCUAUGGUUCAGGCUAUAUCUUCAGCCAAUCGUUCUUCUCGGGUUGGGUCGUCGUUGGCAUCAUCUGGCUGAUGUGCAGUACUAUGGCUGUAGGUGUGUAUCCUCUAUGGGAAGGCCGUGAGAGCUUAGCAAGGAACUUUGGUGGCAUGUGGCGCGAUAUCACCGGUAAGGGCGGUCGUCGCGGAGGGCCGAUUACGGUGGUUGAAGGUGAAAAGACGGCUGAAUCAGGGACGCACACGCCCAAGGAGGCUGACGCGAAGGCAUUGGAGGAGUAA